AUGGAGAUCGUUGUAAUCGCAAUGGCAUUUAUUCUGCUGCUAUUGGCAGUUUUUCCCCUUCUGGGGUCAACGCAAUUUCUUGAUUCGGCAUGUGGUACACAAGCUCCAUUGAAGCUUGGACCUCGUGUAGUUAACGGCAAAGUCGCGAGUAGAAACUCUAGUCCUUGGAUGGCUUUUUUGCAUACGUCGAGUAAUCAAUUCAUUUGCGGCGGAACUCUUAUAUCUCGCAGACUGGUACUCACUGCAGCUCACUGUUUUAUUCCGAAUACCACAAUCGUUGUUCGUCUGGGCGAGUUUAAUAGAAGGCUAAAAGGAUAUCGAGAGGAGCAUCAAGUGGAUAGGACCUUUCAGCACCGCCUUUACGAUCAAAACACGCAUGCCAAUGAUAUAGCCCUACUGCGACUGCUGUCCAAUGUAGUUUAUAAAGCGAGCAUCAGGCCUAUUUGCAUUAUGUGGGAUGUGUCGUGGAAACAUCAUAUCGAUAGCAUUAAAGUGUUAACUGGUACUGGAUGGGGAAGAACUGAAUCGAUGCAUGACAGCAGUGAGCUCAGGACACUGGACAUUUCGCGUCAGCCUUCAAAAAUGUGCGCUUUUGGCAGCGUUUUGAGCAAUCAGUUUUGUGCCGGAAAUUGGAACAGCAAUCUUUGCGAUACUGGUGGUCCUGUGGGAGCAAUGGUUAGAUAUAGAAAUGCAUACCGCUUUGUUCAAGUAGGUAUAGCCAUAACUAACCAAAGGUGCCAGAGACCUAGUGUAUAUACUGAUGUCAUGGGCCAUAUCGACUUUAUCCGUCGUAUAUUUUUGUCGCAGAACGGCAACGAUAGGAUCCAGUCGACACCAAAGCCAGAUAAAGAGCCGGAAUUCGAUUGGAAUAAUCCUUAUCCUAUACUCUUGUAGGCCUCUUACAAAUAAUGUGUUCAUAUCAUAUUUAAGAGGUCAUAAAAUAAUGUUAUGCUCAUCAAACUACCAUCUGAUAUGCUGACCUGAAUGUGUUGCAUCGAAGAAUUUUUAAUUUUUGUUAAGUUGAUGAGCAAAAAACCAAAAUUACAGAAGCUAUAGAUGCUCCAAGUCCGUUUGCUUGCAUUUAAGCCCAAAUAUUUAAGCCUGCUGCCAAUAUGGUGGCUAACCCCUUAAUAGAACGUGAGGGAUUUUUUGCCACGUCAUUGAAAAUACGCAAUAAAAUCAAAUCAUGCUCAAAAUUUGAUGAAUAUUCAUGGCAUUAAAAGCUCUUGAAUUAUUAACGACGAGCAUAUUCAGUUGGCCAAAUGCUCUUCGGCAAAAGCACUUGCCCAUCCACACCCUCUGUGUGGUAACCUCAUGCAUAUUCCCGUACUAUCAUCUCCGUCGAAGGCAGAAAGUGUUCAAUAAUGAAUUUUUGACAAUGCUUCCCUAGCAGCGGCGACCUCGAGUAUCCGGCAGAAGGUGGAAAAGCUGCAGAAAAAAAAAUGGUCUGUGAAAAGGGGGCUAACAACCCUUAAAUGGGUCUGCAAUUUCACCUUUGCCAGGACUUUAUGGUGAAGAGUCAUUGAAAAAUGACUUUGGCAGAGUGCAUCCGUCUGAUCCCCAAAACUGAAAAGAGCAAUGCAAGUGAAAGGGCCAACAAAGGCGCUGAUUAGACGAUGGAGGAGACAAAAGAAGGAAAGUGUCGUCCUGGAUGCAUGUUAAUUGAGACAGAGGAAUGGGAUUUGUGUCGAGCGUAUGCAGAAUGAUUCUGCCUGGAAAAUUACUCUUAUUGCUCUUCUUACAAUCACAAUUCUAAGAAGUCCUUAACUUGCAUGUGUUUAAAAACAAAUUG